CCACAACCCCUGCUUAUGCCGCGCAGGCGCAGUCUGCAGGCGGGAAUGGCUGAAGUGGUGAGCUUCACGGUGCCUACCGGAUCUGACAAGACGCUUUUUGUGUGGGAACUGAGCCCCGGGCCUGGGGCCGAGGCCCUGCAACAUUCUCUGUUCACAGUGUUCUCUCAGUUUGGCCUUCUCUAUUCAGUUCGGGUCUUUCCAAAUGCUCCUGAGGUCACUCCUGGCUUCUAUGCUAUCAUCAAGUUUUAUUCAGCAAGAGAUGCCCACAGAGCCCAAAGGGCGUGUGAUCAGAAACAACUAUUUCAGAAAUCUCCUCUGAAAGUUCGUCUUUGCACUAAACGCAAGAUGCAUCAAUAUCCUGUCUAUCCACUUAACAGCUUCAAAUGCCAAGAACUGGCCAAUUACUAUUUGGGUUUCAAUGGAUGGUCAAAACGAAUCAUCAUGUUGCAGACGCUUUCUGACUUCAAAGUAAAGGAAAAUACAAGCCCAGCCAAGUUAUCUGCGAGACAGAGUCUGAAGUACUUCUGUGCUUUAGAAGUGGCGUUGCCAGCCUAUAAGUGUCAAAGUCGUGGUGUUGGCAUUGCAGAAGAAUGCUUGGAGCUACACGAAGGUCCAUUAGAGUUUCUUAUGAAAAAGAAGAAAACUCAGAAGCUGGCUAUUCAGAAAGCUUUAUCAAAUGCAUUUCAAAAAUUGCUGAUGGUGGUUUUAGAGAGUGGUAAAGUAGCUGUGGAAUACAGAUCCUCUGAAGAAGGAGAUUCUGCAACAGAAGAAUUUGAGGACUUGAUUCAAGUCAAUGAUGUUUCUUGGAAUCAGUCCUACCAAGUGGAAGAAGAAUGCCUCUCUGAUUUCAACCUGGAUGAAGAAUGAUCAAAGUGCAUCUAAAAGCAAAGUUGCCCUCCCCUGUCCCUACUGGGUAGAGCACACUCCUGCAUCCUCUCCCAAGGAGAGGUGGACAGAGGGUGUGUGUGUGUGUGUGUGUGUGUGUGUGAUUUUUAGAGAGAGGCAAGCUUGCCUCCACAUCUUAGAGGGGAAACUGAAGCUGAACUGUACCUCCAAGGACGUAGGGAAUUUGGGGUGAGGAAACUCCUCCACCGCACCUACCAUGGAUGUGUGACGUAGGGAGGGUCACCUAAUUCCCAAGUGGUACGGACAAGGCUUGACCACGUGCUUUAUAGUUGCAGGAGGGCGUCAUCUAGCCUACCCUACUCUCAUAGAUCAAAUAAAGAAUUAAGAAUUUC